GCAACACUACAAUAACACUGCUAUGGCGGUUUACAAUGUGUUUACUCAAAACGUAGUGUGUACGUAUAGGGCUACUGUUUGUUCUAAAGCCACUGUUUUUGUGUUAUUUAUUACGGCAACUACAGUAAUAAUACCCUUAAUUAUAGCGUACCGAAGUUACGGAUUCUGGAUCAAAGCAGAUACUUACAGGGAGCAACCAGAUGUGCAUUUUAAGCACAAGUUUAUCGCAGUUGCAGAGUCAAAUCAGUUGGACAAACCAAUUAUCUGCAGCAACUUCUGGAAUCUGAAUAGUAUUCUGAGUGACUACAACCACUGUUCAGUCGUCAAGACAAGAGAAGAAGACAGAGAUAUUGAUGGAAAAAAUGAAUUACUGUUUUUUGAAAUGGAGCUUCUCUUACACAGAACUGAAGCAGUUUUCUCACUGAUACUCUUUCUAGUUUUUGAUUAUAAGCUCUAUAAGUACAGUGCAUUUCAAAUGGAGUCACUUGCCAUCAUUCAGCAUUCAUCUAGUCUGCCAGGUGCAAGAUUUGACAUAGUAGGUGACCUGAAACUAGUUCAAAAACAACCACUUUUUCAUGAUGGAAGAGAUGUGAGCUUAAAUUAUUCUUGCAUAGAUGAAGAAAGCACUGACCCGCAAGUGUUUAAUUUGCAGAAAAUUAUAAAAGAAUAUGUUGGCAGGAAUGUUUCUACUGCAGUAACAAAUUCAUAUCCACUGUGGACUGUCGGAAGAGCUGCUGGUGCCCCAUUUGUUAUAUCAGCCACAAUUUACUAUCCAGAAGAUACUAUUCUGUAUAAGCCUGGUUUCUGGCAAGUUGUCAAGUGGGCAUGGGUACAGUAUUUAUCAGUGCUGGUGGUAAUAAUGUAUAUUACCAACAAAAUAAAAGGCUAUGUAUUUGGGAACUACCUCAUCUCCAGCUUCAGAAUUGUACCUUGGAAAAAAGGUGUAUGAGUGCUAUUUCACUUGUUGACUCAAAGUAUAUUUACAUCUGUGAUAUUUCUGUGGUUAAUAAUGCCACUCGUAAUUUUGUAUGAACAUUUUUUACCUUUUUAUGUAAUAAAAUAGAUGUAUACAAACUUUGUACUAUAACUUAAACCUUGGCCAGUCCUGAGAUCUUGCAGUAAACAGCAAAACGAGUUGCCUCAAGCAAGUUAAGUAAGAGCUAAGUGUAACAGCUUUAGAAGUGUUUGAAUAAUCCUUUAAUUAAGGAACUAAAAAAAUGGUGUUGCCAUAAACCACACCAAACUUAGCACACACAUGUGUGUUGUAAGUAUUAAGGGACUCAUAGAUAAGGAGAAAUUAAUUAUAGGGAUAAAAUAUGGAACUGUAGCAGAACUGGUCACUAACUUUUGAAAUUGAGACCAAGUUAUGAAUUCAAACAGCAUUGUUUUACAAAUUUGUUCCUGUAAUAUAUAUAUAGUUGGCCUCCGGACUUCUACCCCUAUGCAGAUUCCAUUAUUUCUUAGAACACUUAGUUCAUGCUGUUGCCGUCAAUAUGUAAGCCAUUGAGAAUGCGCAUAGCACAUUAUCUCUCUAAUGAAAUCUGUUGCCAGUUAUUGACAAAACUAUGAAAUUAAUGACUAUCACAAAUACACCACUAAAAGAAAGUGAUCUUGACUGCCUAAUACUGAAUGUACGGUCAGAUAACGUGUAUUUGGUUUAGAAAUUUCUUGACAUGUAACACUGCAAAGCAAUACUCCAGCAGAGGGCUGACAAGUGUUUUGUAAGCAGUCCCUUUAGUAAAACAGUUGCACUUGCCAAUAAAUCACUGUCUUUGCUUUGCUUUGCUUUGCUUUAUCCACAAAAUUGUGUGUAUAAUUGUUGCAGUUUAUUUGUAAUUGUAAUCCCCAAGUAUUUAGUUGAAUUUAUAGCCUUUAGAUUUGUGCGAUAACAAUGUGACCUCUUGCUGUGUAUUCCUUCUGCCUCAGUACCAGUAUAUCCACAUUUAAGAGACUUAAGAGUUUCUCCAUCAAGGAAAGAGGUCAACAUAGCAUGCCUGAGAGUGUUGUAUUAAAAAGACUCAGUUUAUAACUGCUGCAUGUAUUUAGAUGAUGCUGUGCUGUUGUUUGGGCUCUCAAGUUUGAACAUUGUACCUAAUUAUUACACAUUGUGGGAAAAAUGUGGUUUCAUCAGUGAACAUAGCUUGUAACAGACACUUGUGCAUCAGUUUCGUGAAGUAUCUCUCAGGCAUAUUUCAAUACCAUGCUUCGUGCCUCAGGAGAGUGACUCUUCCAUGUAUAUAUGAGUUCAGCCAUUGAAGUUCCCACUAUGAGAUUGUGUACACAUUGUACAUAUGUUUUUCGGAAGAGCAACCCAUGUAGCUGGCCUCAAUACAGUCAUCUAUUAAUGACAGUGUGUUACCUACAGUAAUUCUAAGUGAAAUUUUUAUAAAGGAUUUUAAAUGUGUACUUGGCACUUAUUCUGUCAGCUUAUCAGAGGGAAGUUGUGGUGUAGACCUCCAUGGUAUAUUUCCAAGACACUGCCUGUAACAAGAAAUUUCUUUUGCUGUCCUCUACUCCUUUUUUGAUGAGUGCUGUUUCUUGAUACAUGACUGCAGUACCUUUCAGCCGUGUCACUAAACCUCUUUGCAUUAACUAUUCACAGCUGCUGUAAU